AUGGACCCAACAGCUGGAGUGGGCACACCGCCUAGCGCCAGCAAAGGACGUGGCCGGAGGCCUGGUCCCGGUAGGGGCGCCGGUGGCGGCCGAGGCGGCGCUGCACCUAAAGACUCCAAUCCAGCCAGGCCCGGCGGCCCCGCCGGCGCAGCCCCCGGCGCAGCAGCAGCCCCGGCUGCUGCUACAGCCGUAGGCGCGGCUACAGGGCCUAGCGCCGUGGGCGCUGGCGCCAGCCCGGGCGGAACAUCAGCGGCUGCCAGCUUAGGACCUGCGGGGGGAGUUGCGAAGAAGCGGGGAAGGAUUCCUAAAGCUAAGCCUGUCGGCGAAAUCGCAGUGGCAGCGGCCGCCGACUCAGGACCCGAGGACGCCUACGUCCCCGACACGAGUAUGCCGUACCGUGGCACGUUCACGAAAGACUUAUCGCGGCUCAUGUACGGCUUUGGUGAUUACGAGAACCCCAUUCAGGAAACGAUCAACGUAGUCGAGGACAUCUUGGUGGAGUACGUCCGGGAGACCUGCUGCGCCGCACUCAACGAGGCGGCCCGCAUGGGGAAGCUGGACCGCGACCGGGCCUCCGGGGCGCCCAAGCUAAAGGUGGACGAGAAGGAUAUCCUGUUCUUGGUCCGCAAGGACCCUCGGAAGUACGCCCGCAUUCGGGAGCUUCUGGACAUGCAGCUGCUCAUCAAGGAGGCCAGGAAGACGUUGGACGUGGACAAGAUUUCCGAGGGUGACAUGGACGCCGGGGGUCCUCCAGGAGCGCCUGGUGCUGCGGAGGAGGACCCGGGGGAGGAGCUGCCCGACCUGCCUGAUGAAGACAUCGACGUGGAGUGA